UGUUGUUUUUGUUUGAGUUACAAAGAUAAAGAAGAAGAAUAUGGUAAAUUAAUCAAGAAAAAUGGUUUCAUUGUUCAUUAUUUUUGUUUGUUAUUUUCUAGUGCAUUAUGUCAGAGAGGUAGAACUGAUAAAGAAGGAAUCUAUGGGUUUUUAUCUAAAGAUAUUGAUAAAGAAUUGGCUAGAGGCUCCAGACUUAAAUGUGAUUAUUGUAAGAAUCCAGGAGCAACUAUAGGUUGUGUUGUUACUUCGUGUCGGAGAAAAUUUCAUUUUGUAUGUGGAAAAGAGAAUGGCUCACUUCACCAAUUUUACGAUACUUUUAGAUCAUUCUGUCCUGAUCACAGACCUGAACAGAGUUAUGUUUAUGAUAACAGAAGUAAAAAGACAGCAACUUGUCCUAUCUGUAUGUCAACAGUACCAGCUAGAUGUUCUGUGGAUACCCUCAAAUCUAACUGCUGUAAAAACUCCUGGUUUCAUCGAUCUUGUAUUCAGAGAUAUGGUUUAUCUGCAGGCCUCCAUUUUUUUAAAUGUCCAAUGUGUAAUGAUGUUGAUAAGUUUCAGAAAGAAAUGUUAGAAUUUGGUAUUUAUAUACCUGACCAAGAUGCUGCAUGGGAAAAAGAACCAAAUGCAUUCAAUGAGUUAUUAGAAAGACACAAUGUGUGUGAUGCAGAACAUUGUAAAUGUCCUCAUGGUAGAAAUGAUUCUCCUGGCGGGUAG